AAAAACACUACAUAACAAUUUACAACCGUAAUCAAAAUGUAAUAAAAAAUCCAAAAUUAACGUAUGCUUUUGUAGGUCAUUAUUACUAUUUAUAAAGUUGGGUUCAACGUGUUUAGAAUUUUAAUAGUUAACAUAUAUAAUGAAGUCCCUAUAGGUGUAACAGUGUAAAUUAUUAUUAGUUCGCAUAAUGGAUUCUCCACUAUCGCCGAAUCCUGAUGCUGAUAUAAAUAAUGUGUGUUCAUUUUACUUUAAAAUCGAAAAUGAUGUGUCGUGUCCAUCCACAUUAAAAAAUAAAUCUACCUUAGUCAAAUACACCAAAUUGCCAGACUACGACUUCGAUUCAAAAGUUUGCCAAUCAUUAAAACCGCGGCUCCGUCGAAUAAUGGAAAUAGAUCACUCUCAUCUGCAAACUAGUCGAUCUCUCAAACUUGGCGCCGUAUCCGAUACAAAAAUGAAUUCAAGCACCAAACGAAAAAUUGUAUCUAUAUCAGAAAAUGAUGAAGACAGACUUACUCCUCAUAUUGGUAAAGUUCUGCAGUCUUCAAAUAGAUCAUUACGGACAACCCUACAAGAUGAUAAAAGUGCAUCACAAAAAAAUUGUUUGAAAUCAAGUCAGGUCAAGUCAGGUGCACCGUGUACAAACAGGUCUUCUGGGUCAAACCAGAAGGACAACAAAAAUUCAAUACAUAGAAACUACUUGAAAUCAACUAACACAGUCAAAAGUACACAAGCAAUGCAAGCAUCAAAGUUGAAUGUAAAAACAAAUAAUAUAACAAAUAAAAGGGAACAUGGUAGUCAUAAAACUAUUCUGAACAGUAAACAAGCAAUAGUUAGCAAUAGUUCUUUACAUGAUUAUGUGAGAAACAAGAGUACCAAAGACCAAGAAAAAGGAAGACCCGUCAAAAGUACGCCUAACCCGCCUAGAGUAAAUUUAAGCAAAAAUUUAGUAAUCCCUCGUGAAAGCAAUGAAUUUGUUAUUGCAUUUGAUAAUGAUUUUGAUGAUAAUUCAAACAAGACAGGCUCCUCAAAACGGGUUUUACAGAAAAACCAACUUAAUAGUAAAUCACCUCAACGCAACACUGUAGUUAAAAUUGUGAAUAAGGUUUCGCUAGGAAACCCUCCCCCAGUAAUACGUGUGCCUCUCGCCAAUUGCUAUAAAAGUGAAGAGAAGCAAUUAGGAUUAGAAAGUGUUAUAUCGGUUCCAGUCAAACAUUCUGUUGAUUGUAGCACUGGUAUGGAUCAACAUUUCCUUCCUAGAGAUGCAAAUGUAGGAACCCCCGCACUGCCCGUCAUGGUUAAUGAAGAAACUGAAACUUCAAACAAUAGCACAGAAGUAACUCAAGAUGUCUUUGACAAUCUUGACAUACCUAAUGUUACACUAAUAAAGGACAAAAGUAUUUUUGCCAAAGAAGAGAUAGUCAGCUUCUGUAGUCGCUCAAUGCCUAAUUUACACACAUCACCAUUUAAAUUAAGCCCAGAGAAGGAAAGCUGUGACGACCCGGUAGGUAGCGGAAAAGCUAAGACUUACAUAAUUGGUCGAGCAACAUUUACUUACACAACUAAACAAAAAAUAAACUUCCACGUGGUCGGUAGCAGCGACGACAGCCAAUCUAAUCAAUCGCCUAGUCCUUUAGCAUACCCAUUAAAUGUGGUUUCUCUUAUAAAAAAGAAUUUGAACCAGUGUGAUAUCUCCGAGAGUUCAGAAGAUCAUUUAACCAAUAAAAGUAAUAAUCCGAAUAAUUGCCAUAAGAAGGUUGAUGAACUCCAAGCACUUGCUUGUCCUUACGUUUUUAAUAACAACAAAUUGGUCAAACCGUCAGAUCUAAUCAGCACAAUUAGAGUUAAUAAUGGAUUGUUACACAACGAUUACAUAAGCGAGCAGUUUCAAAGAGAGCUUCAUUUUAUAGAUUCAUUUUUCGAAUCACUACAGUAUUUAGAAAAUAGCUCCUUAUCAGAAAAAUGUCUUACUGAAGCUUCGAGCGACAACUGGGUUAGCAAAUCGAGGUUCGAUUUAAAGAAUUCAGAAUACAAUUCUUUCUUGUCGAAGCUAGAGCGUGGCGCUGGCGUUUUAGCGAAUGUUGACGAUAUCGAAACAAUGGCAUCAAAAAGUCUUUGUCUGCUUAAUUUACUAAUUCGCAAUGAACAACGGCGCGCCAAGAAUUUACUGUUUGUUUUGAAAAUGCGCGAGGAUGCAUUGAAAGAUUUCACCAAGAGCCAGAUUAUUUGGUUGGAAAACAAAAAGAAGCAAGACAAUACCGACGUGUCAACGUUGAAGAAGAAGCAACGAGGAGCGCUAUUAAAGCUGCAGCAUGAGUGCGGAGAGAUGCAACGCAUGCGCAAGGCGCUCGUCACCCUCUCUGAGAAGCGUAAGGCAGCACUCAUGAAAACCAGGAACAGUAUCGAGUUAAAACUAAAGAACAACGUCGACGUAGAGCAGAUUCUCCUAGGAAAAAAGAAGUUGAAGAGAAAUAUUUCGACCGACCGGAAUGUAGCUCCUCUCAAAUGCUUUGACUUGUCGAGCAGUGGCUGCGAAGAGAGCUCGUCGUCCAAGCCCAAGGAGACGCCGGUCCUAAUCCAGGAGCUACCGCCCGCCAACUCGUGCGCUGAGAAGUGCGUCCAGACGGGGGACAGCAUCUGCGAGCCCAGCGGGACCGCUGACCGGGCGACAGAUACGGCAGAAAACUUCGUCGCUGUUGACGGUGGAUACUUAAAUAUAAUCUUUCAGAAUCUUUCCUUCCCGCAAAUAUUUAGUUGUGGCAAACAAUACGAAGUCAACGAGGAAGCCUUGAGGAAAAUCCUGGAAUCAUCUAACAAGUGUCAACUUAAGGACCAAUGUGACAGUGAUGUUAUUGAAAAUUUCAUGGAGAAGAUUAGGAACCGUGACUCAGACAGGUCUUCCUCGGCGUCGACUGCCCACAGUCUCGUAGACGAGUUCGAUCAGUAUUACAAGGGGCUGAGUGACCGUAGUAAGUCGCCCGCCGACUCUCCUGACCCUGACCACCAUGCUUUAAGUCAGCAUAACCCUCAAUCGCGUGUAUGCGAACUUUCAGAGUCAUGUGUUCAAGUAACAGAUAUUAUUAUGGAUCAAAAUGAAAAAUCUAGUGGAGAGAAUACUGAAAGUAUCGUUACUGAGAAUGUGAGACAUGUGUCAAGCUCAGAAACUUUGACAUGUGACCAGAUUUGUAUAUGUGACUCGUCAAACCAUUCUUUAGAAUCAGAAUCAUUGGGGAAUGGUGAUGCAGCGGUGUCCUUGAGCCAAGCAGGUCCUCUGCCAGUGCCACCCGGUGCGGCGUUCCCCGAGCCACUUGUUUCGGAUGGCUCUGACACUUCAGUCAUAAGUUUUGGCAGCAGCAUCAAGAGCGAUUUCCGGAGCGAUUACCAGAGCGUGGAGAGCAUCGUGACGUCGUCGUCGGGCUACAGCGAGGUGGAGGAGCUGCGCCGGCAGCAGCUGGCCAUCGAGAGAGAGAUAAAAGCUCUAGAGCAGCAACAAAAUCAGCCACUAGUCGUCCGAGAGAUACCCGACAAGCCGCCGCCGCCAUACACGCCACCAAACAACACUCUAACCAAAACUUCACGUAUGUUCGUUCUGAACGACGAUUUAGAAGAAAAAAUACAACGGCACAUAGCACACGGAGAAGACUUCCCUUAUGACCCUAGCAACGCGUUUAGCGUGUUUAUAAAAGAUAUUUGCGAAGAAUCUCUAGCGAGACAAAGACAGGAGCUGAGCGAUCAGCCGUGGGAUGCGUGCAACUUGUUGCCGGACAGGCAAGAGCUUAGUCCAGAGAAGAGAGGACUGAAAACUAUAAGUGAAGUCAAACAAGUGCUAUCUGGUAUUUCGCCGACUGUUGUUUCAGGGGUGGGUGCCCGGCGGUCCGAUCACAUCGACGAAAUCCUGUUCGCGGAGUGGCGGCGCUGUGAGCCCGAGUGGACCAACCUCCACUCCGAGGAGGCCGGCGUCAAGGCACAGGUGUUCGAGAGCCUCUUCCAAAAAGUCCUCAGCGAGACCGUCGAUCAAUACAAACAGACCGUUCUCGGAUUAAUUACACCAGAUGCAAUACACGAAAAAUCAUUCAGAAAAAAAAAUAAACCGCCAAUUUAGAAUCGUAAAAAUAUUUAUCGUAAUCGUAAAAUUAUUAUUACCAGCCUAUCUGUUGAUCACUGGUUUUAUACACGGUGUAACAUGAGUAAACCGAAUAAUUUUAACAGCGUAUUCCUGAUCAAGAUCAUAUUUAGAGACAAAAAUGUCCUAUAAACUUUUUUUAAAAGCGCCUAGUUUCACGAGAUAAUAUUAAUUUAAAAAUUAACGAGUUUUUGUUGUUACGUAGUGUAAAAGGCCUUUUUGAUGGUAAUGUUGCUGCUAUGGGACGUAGUCUAAAUAUCCUUAAUGAUAGAUGUCAAAAAGUGACAAGUAACACUUUGCAAAAAGAAGGUUUUACGAAAAAAAAAUGUAAAAAUAAAUUUUAAGUAACAAGUUUACCAAUAACAUUUAUUUUUUAUGUACAAAUACAUUCAAAAAAUUGAAAAAAAAACAAAACAAAACAUAUUUUUUUUGGCGAAAUUUACCUUAACUCUUAUUACAUUUUUUCCUUCUUUUGACCUCAGAAAUGCGUGGUUAAAAUUAUUCGGUUUCCUCAUGUUACACAGUGUAUUUUGUUAGUUAUCAUUACAUAUGUGUAAUAUUACUAUAAAUAUUACCUGUACUCGUAUCGUAUUGAAAAAGUCAGUAAUUAUUACUUAAUACAUACUAUUUGCUGUUUAUGAAACA